UACGUUAGUUUCUUCUGUGCUGUUUGUUAGGCAGGUUGUUGGGGCAGUCGGCUAGCUAACAGCGGAUUAGACUACUUCAAGUAAUUAUGACACAUAAAUAUGUUAAAGAAAAGAUUGGUGGCCCUGUUUUUUACCUGCUCGAAGCUGCGUUUUCUCUUCGGAUGAAAGCAGCCGAGACGUCAGCGUCGCAUUCUCUCCAAAUAGCUACAACAGAGGUUUGUAGCUGCCUGCUAAUGUUCGCUAACGUUAACUAAAAUUGAGAACAACGUGGCCCACUUUUCUAGCUGCGUUAUAAAUUUCGUAUCCAGUCGUGUGUUGUGAAUAUGGAAGACAUUGAAGAAGAUUUAAUAGAGCAGGAACAACCCAACAUCAGCGGCAAACCCUUCAAUGUUCCCUUUCGAUCAACUCGGUUGCACAUCCAGCGAAGUAAUGUUUGCUCUCGGGCGUAUUUCGUUGUGGUCAUGGUCUUUUUCCAUGUUUACAUUCUUAAUGUCAUCGCCCUGCUACUCUACGUGCACUACAACAACGGUCCGGGUGAUUUAGUUAGAGGGGACGGGGAAUCAUCCGCUACAGUCAGCGGCAGCAGAAGCAGUUUGCCCCAAGCUGCUCCAUCGACGAGAGAGCUACGUGUGGAGGACUACAGUCAAAGUUUCAGUCUGCAUCGCAUGGAGGGGAUACGGGUUGGACAUGUUCAACGGGUGUCCAUUGUACCAGACAGAACACAUGAGAUGAGGACGCUCAGCCUAAAGCCUCUGCUUUUUGAGAUCCCCGGGUUCCUGUCAGAAGAGGAGUGCCGUGUGGUGGUGCAGCUGGCUCAGCUCAAAGGUCUGAUGGACAGCCAGUCAUCAAUGCCUAGCCAGGGUCAAGAGGAGUCAAACCAACCAUUACUUUCUCUCAGCUCAGAGGAGGUCUUCAGUCUGCUGGACCUGAACCAAGAUGGGUUCCUUCAGAAAGAAGAGAUUUUGAGUCAUUCACGUUCUCAAGAUGGAACCUGGUUGAGCCCCGAAAGCUUACGGCAAAUGCUGGCUGGUCUGGAAGCCUGUCCCACAGGAACGCUGACACUGGGUGACUUCAGGCGGGUUUACGACGUGUCCCAGCGCCCACAACAACAGAGAAGUGGGAAGCUCCAUAGCCACUUCAAACAAAGAAACAGGCAUACGUGGCUUUAUCAAGGAUCAGGAUCUCACCGUGUGCUGCAGACGCUCAGGAAAAGAGUAAUCGGUCUGACACAUCUGCCCUCUUCACUGGUCGAGCUGAGCGAACCGCUGCAGGUUAUUCGUUACGAGCACGGAGACUUCAGCAGUGCUCACUAUGACAGCAGCUCCUCCCACCCAGAGACCACCUGUACACACACACGCUUGGCAGGAAACGCAUCUGCUCUCACUGAGGUCUCCUGCAGGUAUCUGACUGUGUCAUUGUACCUUAGCUCUGUGGAGGAUGGUGGUGAAAUCACAUUUCCUGUGGCAGACAAUCGUACUUAUGAUGAGCAGGCACUGGUUCAGGAGGGAGUGGAUUUGACCGACACACAACAGACAUGUGGCAAAGGGAAUCUGAGAAUGAAGCCCACCACUGCAACAGCUCUCCUCUGGUAUAACCAUCUCUCUGAUGGGAGAGGUUGGAUGGGAGAGUUAGAUGAGUUUUCUUUGCACGGUGACUGCCCAGUCAGGCGAGGAGUGAAGUGGGUGGCCAACAGCUGGGUAAAUGUGGACCCGGAUUACCAGCAGCAGGCCCGCUACCAAAGACUAGUAGCAUCACAAAGGCAUCAAACUAAGGCUGCCAUGGAAGACCAAUACUACUCCCUCUCACACAGCGACCUCCACCUGGAUCUAUAGCCAGGACUUUGGUUGGUGCAACUUUGCAACCCAGAUUUUAAACUGAGGCUUUGAUUUUAGUGAGGGCUGCUUGGUAUGUACGCUGUCUCACAUGCAACACUUUUCUGUGCAGAAGUCUUGACCUGCCCUCAUUUUUCAGAUGUUCUUGUUUAGGGCUGCACGAUAUUAGGAAAACCUGCGAUAUGCGAUAACAGUGAUUAAUAUUGCGAAUGCGAUGACGAUAUUACUUGCGAUAAAUAAAAACUUAACACAAAAAAUUACCAAAAAAUAUCAUAAAAGUGAGAAAAGCAAAAGAUGUGAGGAAGGGAAAUAAAACAAUGAACAAGAAAAGGCAAUCGGUGGAUCCCGGGAAAAGCAGAAUCAGCAGAAAGAGCUGAACAAAGCUAAUUCAGGUGUUUGCCAACCAUCAAAAUGAAGUGCCGUCCACCUCGGGGGCGGGCAUCUAACCUAUUGGCCCGACGGGUGAAGAGCUCUUAUUUGAUUUGUUAAACAUCGUGCUUCCAUUUGAUUAACAGAAUGCAUUAUACGUAGCAAACAUUUGAGCUGACCAUGAUAUUUAUCUGUUCUUUGCGAUAUGCAUAUUGCGCUUCCUGAUAUCGCGAUAACGAUAUACUUGCAAUAUAUUGUGCAGCCCUUUUCUUGUUAAAGAGCCAGAUUUUCAUUUUAAAGUAAUUGUGACCAACUGUUCUUGGGCUGUCUCAUAGUGUUAGAACAGUAUUUCUAGAUAUUUAUUCAUUUGUUCACUUGAAAUAGUCUCUCCGGUUCUCUUUCUUUUGAUGCAUCAACAAAAAAGGCCAAAGAUAACUGAUUUGGAUGUGUAAAAAAUAAAAAUAAUAAGGAAGUAUAAAAUGGUAUCGCUCUAGGAACAUAUAAAUGGAUCCACUGAAAGAUGACGUGUCUGAACUGUGUCAGAUUUAUGCUUACCGGUAAUUUUUUAUUUUUUUUAUUUUGUCAUUUUGUGUCUAGUACAUGUUUAGUUUGCUCAAAUUCCUAAACACACACACACACACACGUGAGAAAAGCACAACCAUUUUUGGGUGGAAGUUGAAAAAUGGUUUUGAACCCCUGGAAAAGUACAAUCCAUGACAACUCGAGACCAAAACCAACAAAAAAUACAUCAAAUAUAAAAACUGGGGAGACUAAUUCUUUUCUUUAGAAAUGUAAAACUGGUUCUGAAUGAUAUAAAUAUCUGAACAAUGUGAGAAGACGUUUAAAAGAUGCAGGCAUGUGUUUGAUUAACUGCUCGUCGUUAUUUAUUCUACAGGAUUACGGCUUUUGCUUUAAUCAAGCCGUGUCACAAUACCUGUGUGAGAAUGUAAUGAAGCUUUUAGAAGAUUCUCCAUGUUGGCUCAGUCCUUCGUUUUUGUUUAUUUUUGUUCAUAGAAUUAUUUAAAGAUGUUAUUAAGCCGAAUAGAAACAAACAAAGACUGGAAAAUAACUGUCAAAUCUGCACCUCAGGAGAAAUUAAAUAUUAAGUUAUUGGUUUUAAAACUUUAUAUCUUCACAUUAUAUUUAUUGUCUGAGACUAUUUAUUUGAGUGUUGUUUAUUUCAAUCAUUUAUUCAUUUUUAAGCAUGUGUAUUCAUUAAUGCUUGAUGUUGCACUAAAUUUGUAACUAUUAUUGUAUUUGCUGUGUGUUAAGAUUAAUGUGUAAAGCUGUUUCAUUAUUGGUGGAGUGUAUUUAUUCAUUUGUUGCUGUUAAUGCACUUGGCUACCACUAGAUGAACACUGAACACCAUCACUGUUUUUAGUAGCUCUGGAUUGAUUAUUUAAUUUACAGCUAAUGCAUGAUAAUAUUUAUUAAAAGAAACAACCUGCAAAACUCA